GGUUCAGUAUUUGUCUUUGUUCUUCACAUUCAACACAGCAACGCUCGAGUGAGUGAUAGAGCAUUGUGUGUCUUUGGCCAUGGCGUCAUCAUUAUCAGCUCAAUUGCUUCAAUGUCAGAACUCACUGCCUCUUUGUCAUUUCCAGGGUAACUUUAGCCAACAUGUGUCUAAGGUUCGGAGGCCACAUGUGGUCUGUUACAGUACCAGAUCACAGCUUGGUUACAGUAAAGCAUUGGCAUCAAAAUCACAUUAUGCAUUUAGGUUUUCUGUUACGCGACAAUCUGAAGCAAGAUCAACUAGAUAUAGGAGAAUGACAUGCGUCAGUGCUACAGAUAAUGAGGUUCUAGAGCUGCAAGCCAAAGUGACAACCAAGUGUUUCUUUGAUAUAGAAGUUGGGGGUGAAACGGUCGGCAGGAUCGUUUUGGGCGUAUUUGGAGAAGUUGUUCCUAAAACAGCUGAAAAUUUCCGCGCUCUGUGCACAGGGGAGAAAGGAUACGGAUACAAAGGAAGUUCCUUCCAUCGUAUAAUCAAAGAUUUCAUGAUUCAGGGAGGAGACUUUACUGAAGGAAAUGGAACUGGUGGAAAAAGUAUCUAUGGCUCUAGUUUUAAAGAUGAGAGUUUUGCAUUGAAGCAUAUUGGUCCUGGAGUUUUGAGCAUGGCAAAUGCUGGUCCUAAUACCAAUGGUAGUCAAUUUUUCAUUUGCACUGUAAAGACUCCGUGGCUAGAUGAUCGCCAUGUUGUAUUUGGACAUGUCAUCGAUGGAAUGGAUGUCGUGAAGACACUUGAAUCACAGGAGACAAGCAGGUUAGAUAUCCCUCGGAAGCCUUGCAGAAUUGUUAAUUGUGGAGAACUGCCUAAUGAUGGUUGAUCCUUCUGCAGCAGUACAUCUCUUUUUUUGUAAUUUUCAGUUCAAUUUUUUCAAUCUUAUAUUUGCCCCCUAUUAAUCAUGUUAAUUCGUUUGAAUUAUCAUUUGUCAUUGCUGAAUUGGUUUACAUUUGAAGACACAGCAGAGAUACAACACUCGCAUUUUGUAUUACUAGACUCAAUACUAAGGUUGCGUUUGGAUGACAGCUUACUUAAGUACUUAUCUAAUAAUUCCUUCAACAUAAGG